GUCCUACUGUCCCGGGAGAUGUGCAGGUUCAGUUGGCGCCGGGUCGCUCUAUCGAUCUGGCAGUGUAUUGGCAGGUAGUCCGUGGUGCAGAUGCGUACACUGCUGUGAGCUCAACGGGCCAAAACUGCAGUUCCUCCUUAGGCACCUACUGCAUAAUCAGUCCCCUCAGCUGCAGCCAGAACCACACCAUCACCGUCACAGCACAGAAUGAGGCCGGACCCAGUGAACCUUCAGCUCCACAGGACCUUCUCACCUUCCCAUGUCCUCCUGAGCUGGUGUGGAUUGAGGAGCCGACCACAGGGAACUGUUCCGUCACAUGGUCUGAGGUUCAGUGGGUGGAUUACUAUAUUGCCUAUGUGAAGAGAGAUGACGGCUUAGAGGAAAACUGCAACACCACUGGCACGACCUGCUACUUCCAGUGCAUAUGUGGAUACACGUACCUCUCAACUGUGUUCACUUACAACCUGGCCGGGACCAGUCCACCGGGUCAAAUAGUCAACUAUACUACAAUCCCCUGCUGUCCAAACAAUUUGUCAGUGUCUCUGAUUUCCACCGAGACUUUAGAGAUUUCGUGGUCUUCAGUUCGAGGAGCUGAGUUAUACGAGACGAUCGCUGCAGACGGAAGCGAAUGGAUCCACUGCAACGACACGGCUCCUGUGUGUGCACUCUCUGAUCUCACCUGCGACAGCCUGUAUAGUGUGGUGGUGCGGCCCUGCAGUGAGACACAAGGAU